AUCAGACAACCAGGCAGCCCGCGGUGCCUCCUCUCAGUUUAUUGUGACAAUAUAUACGCCACUUCUCUUCCGUGAGCGACCGUCAUAAGCAGGCAAAGGACGGGAAAGGACAAUGUGCUCGGUGAUAACCAAGGUGACAGCGAACCGACUGUGCCUGGCAGUAACGCUAGGUGGUCUCCGUAGGUACACCGAGGGCUUGAGUGCCUCGGUAGCCGGGGACGGGCGCUUGUGCGCGGGGACGAGAGCCCGCGGUGUCCUGCUGGAAGGGGGGAGGACGUACUCAUCUGGGACGCAAUUGAACGACCGACCCUUCUUCAGACAGCUGUUUGAAUCAGAGAGCAGCACCUACUCAUACCUGCUGGCUGACGCUAUCACCAAGGACGCCAUCCUCAUCGACCCCGUACUGGAGACCAUCGACAGGGACCUGAAGCUCGUCUGUGAAUUGGGCCUUCAUCUGAGAGUAGCAGUGAACACUCACUGCCAUGCGGACCACAUCACCAGCACGGGGCUGAUGAAGACGAGGCUAGCCGGGUUGAAAAGCGCCAUCUCCAAAUUAAGCGGCGCCACGGCGGACAUCCUGCUGUCUGAGGGAGACAGGAUCACCUUUGGAAAACAUUAUCUGACGGUGAGAGAAACGCCAGGACACACAGAUGGCUGCGUGACACUGGUGACGCAGGAUCAGUGCAUGGCGUUCACCGGGGACGCGUUGCUCAUACGAGGAUGCGGCAGGACAGACUUCCAGCAAGGUUGCUCCAAGCGGCUCUACAGUUCCAUUUACCACAAGAUCUUCACCCUGCCCGACCACUGCCUCAUUUACCCGGCGCAUGACUACCGAGGUCAGACAGUGUCCACUGUUGGUGAGGAACGCAUGUUAAAUCCUCGCUUGACAAAGAGCCUGGAAGAGUUCGUGACAAUCAUGGAGAACCUGAAUCUUCCAAAGCCUUCCAAAAUAGAUAUUUCAGUGCCUGCGAAUCUGGUCUGCGGAGUUCAUCACAUUUGAACACCCUGCACAAGAGUGGACUUAAAUCAAAAGUAUUCCAAAUUGUUUAUUGUAGCAUUACCCCCCCCCCCCCCCCCCGAAUGAAGAAUCGCACUUCACUGAUGAAUUUUCAGGUUUAAUGGCAGCAAGCCAUCAACUUGCUUGGGAAUACACAAAAAACAAGGUGUAAACUAAAAGCCAUACUCUUAGAGCCAUCUAUCUUAACUCACUUGGGGUUAUUCACACACACACACACACACACACAGAGAGAGAGAGAGAGAGAGAGAGAGAGAGAGAGAGAGAGAGAGUGAGUGAGAGAGAGAGAGAGAGUGAGUGAGAGAGUGAGUGAGUGAGUGAGUGAGUGUCAUGUGCUACCAUCUUAUUUUAUUGUAAAUUUGCCCUAAUGGAAAGCAUGUGCUAUGUAUCCACAUAUUGAACUGUCACAUUUGCAUUGGGAAUCACUGAGGUCCAUGUUUCUAUUGCAUAAAUUGAAAACAUUGACUAAACUAUGAGUCAACUCUCUUAACAACACGCCUGCACUGCCUGUAAGACAGGUUUCCCCCCCCCCCCCCCUCUUUAAACCAUUGUUGAAGAGGAGUGUUAGCCCUUGACACAUACCAACAACAUAGCAACUUCUGGCCAUCAUAGAGUUUAAUAUUCAUCCUAAUUACCUUCAGUUCAUCUUCUCAUGUUAGAAUGAAUAUUAAGUGAAGUGCUGCCAUUUUCAGUUGGUACUAUACUGGAUGCAUACAUCCAUCCAUUUUCUGAGCCGCUUCUCCUCACUAGGGUCACGGGCGUGCCGGAGCCUAUCCCACCUAUCAUCGGGCAGGAGACGGGGUACACCCGAACUGGUUGCCAGACAAUCGUAGGGCACAUACAAACAAACAACCAUUCACACUCACAUUCACACCUACGGGCAAUUUAGAGUUGUCAAUUAACCUACCAUGCAUGUUUUGGGGAUGUGGGAGGAAACCGGAGUGCCCGGAGAAAACCCACACAGGCACGGGGAGAACAUACAAACUCCACACAGGCGGGUACGGGGAUUGAACCUCGGACCUCAGAACUGUGAGGCAGACACUCUCACCUGUCGUCCACUGUGACGCCUGGAUGCAUACAGUACAUGAUAUUAAUACAAUAUGAGCAAUUGUAAAAAAAGUAAAACUACUCACCCAAACUGUCAUACAAUUACAGUGGUGCCGUGAGGUACAAAUUUUAUUCAUUCCGUGACUAUGCCCAUAACUCAAAACACUUGUAUCGCAAGUCAUAUUACCAUUCAAAUGAAUAUAAAUCCCAUUAUUUUGUUUCUUGCUUCCCCUGAAAAAACAACCAAAAUGUUAGAAUAUGUUUUUAAUAAGGCAAAUAGCACUCUAUAACAUUGCACUUUAUAAGAAUACUUAGUAAUAAUAAUGUAGUUAAAUAGAAUGUAAAGAUUUAAACAGUUUGUACAUCAUGAUUAAUUUAUUGCGGCUCCUUCUGGUGUGCCGAUUGGCCACCAGGGACAGUAUAAUACAGUCAUGUGGACACAAACGAAUAGGCCUGUCACAAUAAUUACUAUAUCGACUUAUUGUUCGAUGAAUAAAAUGGACACGAUAGUUUUUCCGGACUCGAUAAAUUGUCAUUCUUGUGGUAAGCCGGCGUGCGGAUCACACAGUGUGCUGACAGAGUGGGACGGCUGUGUCAUUAGCCGUUAGUGGACUUAUGGAAUGCUGGUGUACCGGUACACUCUUGCCGGUGUUGGCUCCGUCCAAUACUCCGCAGCCUUGCUCCAUGUGCAAUGCCGAGAUUCACACGACAGAGAAACUUAAGGGGAAAGUUAACUGUUUUUGUGUUCGCGAGCUAACGAGUAGCCUGCGAGCUAACGAGUUCAGAAGAUAAACAGCUCGUUCCACCGCGGCGAUGUCAUUUAAAACAUCAGAGCUUUCGCUCCGAGUUGUUGUGUGUGUUAGUCCCCAAUUAACAUACACGGGGACGUUAACUAUUUACUAAGCAUAACCUUACUGGCACACGUUAUUCAGCCAAUAGUUGACUACAGCGAACGUCAGUGUACAUUUGACUGACUGGUGAAGGGCUCAUCUUUAGCGGACCAACCACACAGUAGCUAGGAGACUUUAUGUCAUUCUGAUUGAAAUCAUUUUAAGAUGUCUGAUCAACUGUUCAUAUGUGAGGGGAUCUAUUCUAAUCUGGUGUACACGUGCACUACUCGGAACAGCCGUGUGACAUGUGCACUUCGUUGUGAACGUCACGUCAUUAAUCAAGAUGGAGGUCCGUCGUCUAUUCGGCACAGUAGUUUAGAUUGUUUUUAUUCGUUAAUGUAAAAAACACUUGAUUAAAAAACACUUAUAAGUAGCUAGAAACAAGAUCUCUGUCACAUACGAUCUUUGUCGAGCGCCGCCAUAUUUACAGUGUGCGUAAACGAUGAUGUCACCACGUAUUUACAUCGAUACGAAGCAUGCGCAGACAGCUUUUCCCGGGUCUAUUCUGAAUGAUUGUCUUCAUGGUGAAAAUGUUUGGCAAAAGGAAUAUUCCAUCCCUGUGAAACCGAAUAAAAUUCUAUUCAGAUUCAACCUGCUUAUUCUGAUUGAGGUGUUUAUAUGGAGCAUUUCAUUCGGCUUGGGCUUCUAAACCGAUUAUAAUUGGAAUAGAAGACUCAAUGUAAAUCAGGCUGGUCUUCCAGCUCUUUAUUAUUUAUUUCAGACCCAGGGAGAUCCAGAUCACAGUAAAGAAAAACAAUUUAAGAGGGAAACAAGAAAGGAAAUUAUAACAACAACAAUACUGAUUUAAGGGCAAAAAAUAAAAUAAUAAGGGUGGGACUUAUUUUUCAUGAUUUCAGAGGCAUUAAAAAACAUUAUUGCUUAUCGUUAUAGUUUUGGGGGCAAUAUAUCAUUUAAAAAUAAUUGUUAUCAUGAAAGGCCUAGUAAUGAAGUUUCACAACGACUGUAAGUGACUCGGUAAGAUGGAGUAAUAUUAGUCAUUUUUUGCAGAGGAUGAAGAAUAUAUGCCUGUGAGUACUACUCCACCAAACUAUCAUACAACUAGUAUAGAGAGAAGUUAACUACAGUACAAUAAAACCGAAUGGAACUAAAAUAAAGUCAAACUACUCUACCUUUUGAAG